UUGCUGUGGGGAGGCUUCCUGCCCCGAUGCAGGAUAAACCCCAGAGCCCCCCGGAUCAGCUCUCGACACCCCACACACAGAGACAGACAACAGCACGCUCAGUCAUUAGUCAUGUUCACGCCGAGAGGCCUGGAUGACGUGACCAAGCAGAGAAUGUUACAGGCUCGGAUGCUGUCUAGAGAAGCCAGAGGAGGGCGUCUGAAUCUGGGGAAGAAGGUCAGCGUUCCAAGAGAUGUGAUGAUAGAGGAGCUCACCCUCCCAUCCAACCGAGGCUCUCUCAUGUUUCAAGAAAGGCAGAGGCGGGCUGAGAGAUUCACGCUGGAGAACGUGGCCAACAAUGCUCAUAACACCAUGAGUACCCAUCCCGUGGCUGUUCCUCCCCCGCAAAUCAUCCAACAGCCUCAGGGAGGAAAGGAGAACCAAGCUUUCUCUAUGCCCGGUAAGCAUAGUCUGAUGAUGAACCUUCAGAAGACUCUAGCAAACAAAGGCAGUCCUGAUGUCCUCGCUCCAGGAUACUCUGGCCCCCUGAAGGAGAUUCCCCAUGAGAAGUUCAACAAAACCGUGAUUCCCUACUGGUCUCCAUGGAGGGAAGCUUUGCGCCACAAUGAGGAGCUUUUGGAAGCCCUCAAUACCAAGCUACCCUUGCCACAACGACAUCAGGUUGCCCACUACAGGUGCUUCAAUAGGUCUCCCAUGCCUUUUGGGGGUGCACCGUCUAGCAAGAGGGUGAUCCCCAUUAUUAGCUUCGAGGCCCAGGAAUCCCAAAACCUGCCUGGCAUCGCUUUGGAUCGCAUGUGUCAUCGACCCAAUUUUAACAGAGCACCCAGGGGAUGGGAAGGUCAUCAUUGCCCUGAAUCUAAUGAACUAUGAUACUAGGACUAACUGGUUUAAGACUGUCAUUCCUCUGUUAGCUGCAGCAACAGGGGGAGGGAAAAAAAACUCGCAUAAUAAACUGGUUAGCUGCUUCAUUGAGUGGUAUCAGCAGCUGAGGCAAAGUCAGGAUAUUGAAAUUAAUUUUCACAGUCGAGCACAGGAUUAGCAGGAGUCAUAAAGCUGAUCAGUCACGGCCGAGACUUAUUUCUAGAUUUACUGGAUCUCGGGUUGCAGAAUUCUGGGAAUAUUGAAAGCAGGAAACUUUCCUUGGAAAUGAACAGAGGUUUGUGGGAGGAAAUAAAAUUGACUAAAGUCCUGAUUUUAACAAUCAGAAACUUGUGCUACUAUCUGAAUACGUCCUUUCACUGUUUCAAUUUCUUCACUUGUCAUAUAUUGCCUGAUUUUUAAUAUACUGGAGACAAUUGAAGACUAAUCAAUCAUUUUAAUGGAUGAAAGAUAUUCAAAGAAAGACUAUGACUAUGCUCAAACAUUUAAUAGUGGAAUAUUAAACAUUGUUUUAAUGGGGGGAAAAAAGGCAUAAUGACAAAUCUUUGACAUACCGCACUGUUUCAGUUUGUAUUGCGGAUGCGAAUAAAUUUAAUAUCCUGUUUGCUGCAUUUUGUAUUUGCAUCCAGUUCACAGCAGGUACCAGGCCCACUGGCAGGUUGACACCAGGUGUGAGGAAUGGGGGGA